CCUAGGGAGUUGUUUUUUGUUUGAGUUAGGAAACAGGCAACACAAAUGUGGGAUCAGGUGAAGGUGGUUAAAACAAUCUUUUGACCACUUUUCUCACUUAUGUAGCAUUUAAGUUGUAAUAUUAAUGGAAAUGUCAAGCCUGUUCAACCUUUAAAUAAAAGGAUAUAUUUUUGCAUAAAGAAAGUGUUGGAAGUGCGUACAGAGGGACCACCUGUUCACUCGAUCCACGGCCUUAAUUUAGACUGUUAAGAACCAUUGGAAGGCCGAUACACACAGUUAUGCAUUCUGUGUUUCUUUACACACUUUUCUUUUUUUAGACAUGUUUUUAUGAGUUUGAGCCGUCUUUAUAAAAUUAAUUUUCUUGAAAAAAGAAAAAUCCAUAUAUAUUUGGCAGCUGAUAAGUUUGUCUUAUAAUCAUUCGCACUGUACACAAAGAUGUAUAGUUCCUGAAAGUGUUUUUCUCGGUUCCUCUUGUGCGAUCUAUUUAAACACAAUACCCUGUAUACAGUACAUUACAUUAUUUGUAGAAAAUGUUAGUCAGUUCUUUGCUAAGCUACAGUAGAUUUUUCAUGUAUGACUCUAAAUAAGCUGUGUCCCUGUAUCGCCGUCUUUGAAUUAGUCUUUGAACUAAAUUAAAUUCAGUUAUUAAUUUAGACUCAUCAUUUUUUAUGACAAUAUAACAGUUAAAAUAAUGUCCUGCUUAGUAUCUGAUAAGACAAACUGCUGGGGGUCCAGAGAGACCAAAAGAGGCAGGACUUGGUUUUCAUUUAUAUUUACCUAAAAGUCCCCUGUGAAAGAAGAAGUGAGAGAAAGAUAAGUGUCAGAACAAGCAGCAUGUUAAAGAUUCAGAGCAGCAUACUAACAGUUUGAAGAAACCAAGGAAAUUUGUUUGUGUAUGCAGCUGGAUUUGGAGGAUUCUACACUAUGGGUGUGUAUGGAUCAAAUCUCUUGUCUUUGUGCUGGGUCUGGAGAUUUGCAUUGUGUUUGAGUAUCUGCAAUGUCGUGUUUGCUCUUAUAAAUAAAAAGUGUUUUACCAUCGAGGAACAUCUUCUCAGAGACAUGCCCAGGACAGAACACUGUCACCGUUAUUCAGGAAAGGGUUUCUACGCAGACUGCAACAUUACUGACCUACGCAAAGAUCUUUCAGAGGUCAGCCCACAGGUUAGAUCCCUUUGUAUCUCCGGUGACAUCAAAAGAAUACCUGCCAAUGCCUUUGCAAACUUUCCUUCUUUGGAAGUUCUUGAAAUAAAUGGGUAUAAUUUGAUGAGUGUCGAGGCUUAUGCUUUUUCAGGUCUUACAAACCUGAGGUAUUUGUGGAUGCUUUUCGACGAUGCAGAGUGUAGUUCUGUCGCCAUGGACAGCCUUGCGUUUGCUGGUUUGGCUAAUUUAGAGGAACUGACACUGAUAGGUGUAAAGUUCGAAAACGUAUCAAGCAGACUAUUUGAUCCAUUGACGAAGGUUAAUAAAAUAAAAUUAUCCAGGAUUUGUGAACAGGACCUUGGGGUUGUUUUUUGUUACCUUUCCAUUGGGAUGUCCCAUCUGAAGGAUCUAGAGGUGAUAGACAGUUUUAUUUCAACCAUCAUGAACAAUGGAUGCCCAGAUGGGUCAAGGACCUGGCCAUUGAAUGUUCUUGCUGGAAUUCAGAAUCUUGACUUAACAGGAAACCCCAUCAAAGUCAUACAGGCCAAUUCGUUAAUUGUGUUCCAGAACCUCUCCAGUUUAAUAAUCGAGUUUAGAGGAGAAUGGCUGGGCAAAAUUUGGGAAUCUGGGAUCGGACAAGUCGGUCAUUUGUGUUUGAGAGGUAAUGUGAUGGAUAAAUACUCUACAAAUGUCAGCGAGUUGUGUCACCUCAUCUCCCGCCUCAGUCCUCAUUCCCUCAGCCUCUCUUACAUAAAAAUAGACAGAUGGACGGCAGAGGAUUUAAAGGAUUGUGGCACGAAAUUGAGAGAGUUAGAUUUUGAAAAUUCAGAGGUGUUUGACAUAGACUUUGGAUUUUGGAAAGAAAAACCAGAGAUACAGAUGCUGAUGAUGGCCGAUAUGAAGUUAAAAGAAGCUCCAUUUUGUGAUGCUGCAAAUGGAACCAUAUGGUCCUUAAAAACACUUGACCUCUCUAGAAACUUAAUGACAGAUGUUAAAGGAGACGAGUUUGCUUGUAUGCCUCUUCUUGAAAAACUUGUUUUGAGCAAUAACGCCAUACAAACACUGAUGCCUCAUGCUUUUCGAGGUUUUCAACAUUUGAAAAUUCUUGAUCUUGGUACAAACAAGAUCUCACAGCUUAGUCUAAAAGAUUUCAGAUACUUGAAGUCUUUGGAGGUCCUCCUCAUUAAUGACAACCUUAUCAAAAAGAUUGAGGAUGGGACCUUUCGCCACCAGCAGGAGCUUCGUGAAUUGGAAUUUGGCAGAUUGGAAUAUGUUUACACAUUGCAUCUGGAUAAGAUUUUUACUCGAUUUCCACCGAAAAUGCAACGCCUUAGUAUUGAUGCGCAUUAUGGAACAACUUUUUAUGAGGAUUUUUAUGCCGCACCACCCGAGGGGAUGUUUGAUCUGGAGCUAAUUGGAGAAAGAUUGGAAUUUUUAAGCUGUAAUAGCUCUAUUUACAGAGCCGUCCGAGAGCUAAAGGUGACUUCUAGCUAUUUCAUAUGCCUAAACGACUUCGUGAUACCUUAUUUCCCAAACCUGGAAUCAUUCGAGAUGAUUCAGGUCACAGAAAGAGCUUUUAUGUUUUACGGGGCAAUCAACGUUCUGCAUCGUCUGAAGCGUCUCAAGCUUAUCAACCUGAAUUUCACGAAUAAUACAGAUGCUGAAAUUGCCUUCCAGAACCUGAGGCAACUCCAGAUCCUUGUACUUGUAAACUGCCGUCUCAGCUUCCUGACCAAGAGUAUGUUCAAAGACCUGAUAUCUCUGCAGCUGUUGCGUCUCUACAGCGACAGUCCUCUAGUCUUGGUUGAUGGCCUGUUCGAUGUUUUGCCAGCACUAUCAGUCUUUGUUUUAGAUAAAGUGAACUUCCAGUGUGAUUGUGAGAACAACUGGAUUCUUGACUGGGCGGACAGCACCAAACAAGUGCAGGUGAUCUACGCACAAAAGCAGGAAUGUACCUGGCACUAUCAGAAACGCAACUUUUUGGCAACCAUGGAGAAGUUGUGUCAGACUGACACGCAGUUUGUGUGCUUUGUAGCCACUGCUACCACUAUUUGUCUGAUGAUGUUCCUGGCAGUGGGAUAUCACUUUGCUCGCUGGCCCACCGUGAUCCUCUAUUUCCUCCUUUUAUGGGACUGAUCUGCUGAUGUUGUCUUUAUGGUGCAACAAUUUAAUGUAACAAGUCCUGGCACAAAUGUAAAAUGUAUUUGACUGGGUAUAUUAAUAAGAAUAGCAUAGUUUUAUUAUAAGUUUGAGAGUUACAAACUAAUCCGCCCAGGUCUAAUUUGUAAUGCUAUGCAUUUUCUCUUUCAUUUCCAGUAGUUCAUACAUGUUGUUGUUUUUUUAGAUGAUACUUGGCUAAUACAUUGCAUACAAAUACUGAAUGUAAUUGUUUUGAGAAUAUGUUUGAGUGUUUGUUUUGUUAAGCCCAUCAUGCUUAAAUUAUUUUGACCGUGUUUGAUUUGACUGAGUGAAAUUGUUUACUACUUUUAUUUAAAAGAUUCUGUAAAGAAUAUGUUUAGUACAUAAUAUGCCUAUAUGUUGACCUGACCUUUUUAAUUAAAGAGAAAUGCUGUAACCAAACAAAUCCUUGAAUGAAAAUGCAAGUUCAUCUUUCCUUUCGUGCAGGCCAGUAUAUGAAUAAAGAUUGCCUUUUGUGUGUGCCUGCUGGGUUUAUCAAUCCACUAUAUUGAAGGUACUUUUAGAGGUAGGGGUUCAUACAAAGCACUAAAUUGUAAUGUGUGUUUUUUUUUUUUAGUUCAACACUGAUUAAUUAUAUGUUAAAAGAAAUGUGUAUUUUCUAUUUGUUAGCUGGUUAAUCUGUGAUGUAUUGCAACUGGGAUGCAAAUAGUUUUUGUCUUUUCUGCUUUGAAACC